CUGCCUUGAAGCUGCAGAGCUAAGAGGCUUGAAGAUAGAAGGUCUAACUGACUGGAGACAUUGACUCCAUCUGUGCAACAACUGCUUGUGCAUCUUCCUGUCACACAAACCCCGUGCUUCCUCAUCUACAGCAGACAGAACCCAUUUUGUCACCAGGCUUCUGAAGGAAUUGCAUAUAGAAUUUUUUGUAUCUCUUACUACAAGAAGAUCCUUUGUUGUUUUUUUUUAACCUUAUUGUCUCGGCAUUGGAUUGACAGUUGCAUGUUCUGUUCCUGCUGCUGCUCAGUUGCAGGGUAGGUUUUAGGUGCCCACUGCAAAGCCCACCCAAGCACCCCUACCUUUUAGGUGCUUGCAAUGAAAGCUGUGAGCCCAAUCCGUCCCCAUAGUCGAAAAACUGGGGUGUGUGGGGAGCUGGCUGUGCACUGCCUGUCUGAUCACAGCCUUAGUGUAGCUCGUUACAAGAUGGAAGAGGAGUGCCUGCAGUACGAUAUGAAUGACUGCUAUAGCAGGCUCAAGAGACUGGUCCCCACCAUCCCCCAGAACAAAAAAGUCAGUAAAGUAGAAAUUCUGCAGCACGUUAUUGACUACAUCCUGGACCUUCAGCUGGCUUUGGACACACACCCUGUGCUGUUAAGGCAACAGCCACCUGCCAGGACCCCACUCACAGACCUCAAUACUGAUCAGGCUGCCUCCGUGGUGAACAAACAAGGGGACAGCAUAUUGUGUCGUUAAGCUGUAUUUUGAAGGUGUGCAGCAGUCAGAGCCCAAGCCAGAAGGAGCAGAGAGAAAUAUAUAUAGAGAAAAAUUAGAGCAUAAGGGAGGGGAAAGGAAAAAGCAGUCAUCAAACAAAAGAAAAAGAAAAGAAGAAAAAAAAAAGAAAAAAAAAAGUCUCAACACACACAUCUAUCAUACACUAAGGAGAGUAUAUUUCUUUUGCAGUUUGUGCACCCUCAUACCACUUAACACUGUCUUUUUCACAUUCAUUGUGUUUCAUCAAGAUGGGAUAGUACAUGGAAUUAUGGACACAUUGAAAGUCACAGAACUGAUGGGUAGGGGGGGUUUAGAAAAUGAUUAUAAAAUGAAGAACUGAAUUUUAAAGCUUUACUAAUAUACCAGAGCAUUGUAGAUAUUUUUUUGUACAUCUAUUGUUUAAAAUAGAUGCUUUUAUUGGGUCAGGGAAUUUUAUUCUCCCUGCAGGAAUGUUACAUAUUGUAUAGAAGAAAAAAAAAUCAAGUGACAUUUCAUACUGUAUAUAUAGAGAUGUUCUAUACGUGUAAGUGAUAAAGUAUAUGCUUUAAUAGACUACUGUAAUUAUGAAGUAUUUUUAAUUAAAUAUUUUGUGUAAAUAUCAAUGUGUGAUUUUUUUUUCCUUUUAUCUUUUUUUUUUUUAAUCAUGGGGUAAUGGGUUUAAUUCAUAUAUGUAUUAUAAAUACAUUUGCUAAUUAUUUGAGAUUUGAUUAAAACAUUAAUUAUGUCUAUUCACUAACUUGGCUCUGACAUUAAUAGGUCUGCAUGAUUGCAUGGGCUAUUGUUUAUGGACAUUAAACUGUCUCUGGCCAAUAUGCAUUCAGAUAAAUUAGUAAAUCCACAUAGCACACUUCUAUUGAAAAAAAAAUUACAAUAAUUGACACACCAUGAAUAAUUAAUUUGGUUCAAAAUACAAAUAAAUAAAUAUUCAAUUAUAAUCAAUAAUCCAUAUAGCAUAUAUUCAAAAUUUCCAGGUUCUAAAGAAUUGUUUCAAUGUAUACUAUUGUUCCUCUUUGUGGUACUCAAAUAGUUAACCUGUCCAUUUAACAAUCUGGGGAAGAGGUUGUAUCUGUACAAAAAGCCUAAUAUGAGAUGGCUAUAUGAAACCUGUGACCAUGUUGCAGUAUUAUUACCCAUUAUCACAUUUCUAGAAGGCCCUUGCAGGAUACACAAUGUAGUCUCCUAUUUUCUUGAAGGUAUUUUUUUUCUUAUUUCCAUUACAAGAAAUAUAUGGCCAGACAAUUUAUCAUGGGCUUAAAUAUUAAUGUAAAAAUAGCCAAACGAUUUAAAAGAAUUCUAGUAUAUCUAAAUUUCUUUUUUUUUUUUUUUUUUUUUUUGUGUUCUCUGGCGUAAAGGCUUGGCUGCUACUGACUAUAGAAAUACAAAUAAAAAACACAUUCUAAUGAAACAAUAAUAAUACAUUAUAUAUCAUAUGGCCAUUCUUAUUAAUUUUCUUUAACCCAUUGCACUCCUACAGUGUUUGUUUUUUUUAUUUAAAAUACGCUGCAAUAAUGUGACGCAAUAUACCUCUUUUUUUUUUUUUUAAAUAUUCAUUGAGCGUACAAAUAUGGCCAAGUAUGGUAAUUGACGUCCUAUUCUUAUAAUACUAUUACAAUCUGCAUGGGUGUUCUACAGAAAGAGUAAUUAUUGUUCAUUUGGUUAAUCUGGUGUUCCAUUUUAUAUAUUUUUUUAUUUUUCAUUAUAAUUCUCUCUCAAUGCAUGUGAUACAUCAGUGUUUUCUAUACUCUGUCUGUUUAUUUGGUUUUUUUUUUCCUUCUAUUUUAACCUGGAAAUUCUGAAUAGAAAAAUCUCUUUCUCUGUCACUCUUGUCAGUGACCCACAUAUGCUCCAAAAGCAGUCACUUCUUGCUUGUAACCAAAGGAAACCACUGCUACAUCUAAAAUUGUAUCUACUUAAUUUAACCCUUCCAGUGCUCCAGGAGGUUGUGUUUUGAUCACACCCCUCCGCCACUGACAGUGUUAAACAAAUGAAUGCAGAUUAUUAUCUGAUGUUGGGAAAAUGCCAGUAACCUUAAUUGUUAAGGUGGAACCUUAAUAAAUUAUUUAAGCUGCUUAAUUUUCCUUCAAUCAUGUAAGAAGCAGUUACUGGCGUUAACUGUCACAUACUUUUUUUUUUAUAUACAAGAGUAUUAAAAGUACAUAUUUUUAUUCGUCUGAAAUCUGUCCUUUUCCCCAAAUGUUUUGUAUUAAAUUGAAUUACCAUUUUUGUAUCAGUGCAGAAAGGAGGACGUUUCUUCUCUGUAAUUUAAUUAUGCACAGAUACAUUUUGCUAAAUAUUCGCUGCAUGUAUUUUCACGUUCUUUGUAAAUUACAAAUUGUAACAGUUUGAUAAAAUUCAUCCCUGGGAAAUGCUUUUUUAAAAAAAAAAAAAAUAAUAAUAAUAAUUGUGUAACUGUCAUGUUUAACUUUUUGAAUGCCAAAUGAGAUAGAGAGGGGAUAGCAGUGUUACAAAGUAAAAAAUGAAUGCAUGGAUGACCCCUCUGGUCUUCAGUGGAGCAUCAUAAUUCGAUGUGUGUUGUCUAUCUUAUUUAAAUAACUUGCAUUGUACGUUUCAUAGACACAGAAUCAAAUGAAACCAAAGUUUUCACUUCUGUUGAUACAAACUAAUAAAAAUAAAAAAACAACAACUUUGUAAA